GAGGUGGAGCAGGUCUGAGGAUUGACAGAUGUGAAGUGCAGAGAAUGGGUGGACCUUGUGAAAGCGUUAUUAUGAAGGUUCAGAAGGCCACGGGGCAGCCCUCUCCUGAAGUGCAGUGGGCAGUUCUCCAGCUCCCAAAUCAGCCUCAAAACCAACUUUACUCUCUUUAGAGUCCUGCCUCUUCUCAGGGAUUGGGGCCAAAAUGAAGAUGUUACCAAGUACUUCGGUGAAUUCCCCAGCGCAGGGGAACGGAGUGUUGAGUUCCAGGGAUGCAGCCAGACACACAGCCGGAGCAAAACGCUACAAAUACCUGAGGAGGCUUUUCCGUUUCCGGCAGAUGGACUUUGAGUUUGCUGCCUGGCAGAUGCUCUACCUAUUCACUUCCCCACAGAGAGUUUAUAGAAACUUUCACUAUAGGAAGCAGACGAAAGAUCAGUGGGCCAGGGAUGACCCGGCUUUCUUGGUCCUGUUAAGUAUCUGGCUGUGUGUGUCCACGAUAGGAUUUGGCUUUGUACUGGACAUGGGGUUUUUUGAGACGAUAAAGCUGCUCCUUUGGGUGGUAUUCAUAGACUGUGUAGGUGUCGGUCUUCUCAUAUCAACCUUAAUGUGGUUUAUCUCCAAUAAGUAUUUAGUGAAACGGCAGAGCAGAGACUAUGAUGUGGAGUGGGGCUAUGCCUUCGAUGUGCAUCUGAAUGCUUUUUAUCCUCUCCUGGUCAUUCUGCAUUUUAUACAGCUUUUUUUCAUCAACCAUGUCAUCCUAACAGACACAUUUAUUGGAUAUUUAGUUGGAAAUACCUUAUGGUUGGUUGCUGUUGGCUACUAUAUCUAUGUAACUUUCUUAGGAUACAGUGCACUGCCAUUUUUGAAAAACACGGUGACUCUUCUCUACCCCUUCGCACCGCUCAUCCUGCUCUACGGACUGUCUCUAGCACUGGGCUGGAACUUCACCCACGCACUGUGCUCCUUCUACAAGUACAGAGUGAAGUGAGCCGGGAGCCCCGGCGUCUGAGCAGCAGCAAAGUGUUGGUGAGGUGGUGAUGUCUCAUGAAACCUGUAAAUAAACUAUCACUGUAGAUAUCUUAAAGGUAUGAAGUUUGCAAAUUUGAAGAAGUGUAAAUGUUAAUACUUAGUACAUUCCUUAAAACUAAUUAAAUGUACAUUUCUACAAUAAAUAUUUUUUAAACUAAA